AAGUCAUACUAGAUCCUUUAAACGGGUUUUAAACAAAGGUUGUAUACUUGAAUACCAAAAUUGUACACACCUAAUCAAGAAGUUGACCCGCUGAAGUAAAGUUUCCAAUUAGAUGGUCGCAUGUAAUCUGCUCCAUUGCCCCCCACCAGCCUUUUUCUGUUACAAACCCUCCCUACAUGUUUGCAUUGUCUCUUCUAGACAGACAAGAGGAAAUCUUUAAAAUGAGGAAGCAUAUCAUUUGUGUGGCUGCAUAUACGGCUUCUAUGGUGCUUUGGCUGGUCUAGGUUAAGUAGUACAAGAGAACAUGUUACAUCUUGUCCAAUGUAAUUUAAGGCCUAGGUCUGACUACCUUAAUCCCAGUGCACUACAACCUGCGCCAAAAAAGAUGGGGUAUAAGUGAGCUCCUUUCUUCAGUUGUGAUUGUGGUAAACCCUACAUGUAUGUUUUGGGGGAGCAAAAUACAGUUGGACAUCAGGUGUAACAAUGCAAACGCCUUUUCAUGUCAGCACUCCAUGCUAUAGUUGGUAGCUGGUAAUUGAGCUAAGAAAUGAUGCUAUUCGGCCAGCUUCUUUCGGGCCCCCAACCAAAAAAUUAUCAUUGUUGGUGUCUCAAGCAACCCUAACAUAAGGCCAUUAUUAGCGUUCCUGAUUAGUUUCUCGGCUAUAGUUUUAUAUUGUUGCUUCACUACUUAUGACCCCACAUUUUGCCCUAUUGUUUUACUUUCUAAAAGAAAGUUCUGCUCCAGUCUUGAAAAAGAUGUGGAAAGCUAAGAGAGGUGGUGAUCAUCUCACUAGAAGCUUUCCUAAGAGUAGAAAAGCUUCCAAGAAUGAAUCAUUGGUCUCAGGUCACUUCCUUGGGGACUGUGAUCAAGGUGUUCGGUCCAGGCUCAGUGAUGGGCUAAUAUCAUAUUUGUCUAGAAGUGUCGCCUCUAUUACUUUGUGCAAUGGAGACACAGUCUUAUUUUCAUGCUCGGGCAUAGCUAUGGAACGCCAGGGGCGCCACCUUACAAGGUUUCUGACUUCUGCAAGUUUGGUUAGAGCUCUCAAUGGUACGAAUAAAGACCAUGAUGACUUGAAGAUUGAAGUGCGCCAUGAAGGCAAUGAAGUUUAUAUGGGGUGGAUGGCUGAAUUUGAUUUAGAUCGCAACUUUGCUGUUGUCAAUGUCCAUGCGUUCCUUGAAAAUGUUCAGGUUGGAUCUUUCCAACCUGCACUAGAAAUUCUGCCCCAUGGUGAGCUAUUAAUAGUUAUAGGGCGUGGUGUCUCUGGUGAAAUAAUGACCAAGAAUGUGGAAUUUAAUGGUGAUUCAAGGGUAUCCGAGGAUGAUGAAGAUCUUGAUUGUAAAAUCUCAGAGGCUUGGGACGGUGGGCCACUUCUUUCUGUUGAUGGGAAGGUUGUUGGCAUGAACCUUUUUCUGACUACUAGAAAAGCCGUUUUCCUACCAUGGGGCACAAUUCUCAAGCAUCUGGAGCAUUACUGGACAUCUCAGCAAAAGAAGACUGGUCUUGCACGGUCAAAAACUUCGAAGGUUUACAGGUUUGCAGUAAGACCCACAUGUGUGAAAUCUAACAGCCAUCCAGAAGUACAUGGAGAUUUACUCAACCAGGAGCAGUUAGAUCUAGACUCCAUGGGUUACCCUAAGUUACCAUCCUCCAUGUUAGGAGCUGGCAUGAUUUUAGUUGAUACUUUUGAAGAGACUUUUGGCGACAUACAUGGUGAAGGUGUCUGGAGAAAAUUUAGUAAAAGUGCUUCUAACAUAAAUUGCAAUGUUGUCGCACUGGCUUCAUUUAAUGGAGAAAAGAGGUAUUUUGCAUGCACGGGUUUUUUUAUUGAAUGGAAUGGAUCUACGGUAAUUUUGACAUCAGCAAGCUUGGUUAGAAAUUCUGGUGAUGAGAACAAGAUUGUUGAAAACUUGAGGGUUGGCGCUCCUUGUUCUGUGGCCGCUGUUCUUUUAAGGUGAUGCUUAAGUCUCAUCACUGUAUUAUUUGCAGAUUGAAGUGUUGCUUAACAACCAAUAUAGAGAAGGGACAUUACUACAUUAUAGUCUACAUUACAACGUUGCUCUAGUCAGUGUGAAGGAUUACCCUGCUCUUCGUCCAUCAAAUACUCUGCUUCGUUGGAAAAAGGAUUUUAAAGUAGUAGCUGUAGGGCGUUGCUUCAAAUCAGGCAUGUUAAUGGCUACUAGCGGGGAUAUGGUUUCCUGGACAGGCACACUCGAUCGCGAUUUCCUCGUAACUUCCACGUGUAAAAUCACUAAGGCAAUCCUGUAUUUUUUUAUUCCUAUUUUUUCGUGGUGAUAAUAAAUACUCCUCUGUCUUUUACAAGGCAUAUUUUGAUUGUCCAAAAGCAAGGUUUGACUGUAAAUGCCCCUUAUUUUGUUGGCAGUUAACAUGGUCAUGAGAAAGUACUUUGGAAUAUGAAUCAAUUUUUUUGUCAAAACCUAGAUAUUACUGGAUUAAUCCGUGGUCAAAGCUUGAAUUUGGACAGACAAAAUAUGCCUUGUAUUUUUGGAAAAGGGAAGUAUAGUUGCGUAGGAACGAGUGGGCUAGCAAUAUAUAUUUGGAAAACAAAAAUCACAGCUUGUUCAUGUCAACUUGCUAGGCUGGGAUUGGAGGCCCUCUUGUUAGUCUUGAUGGGGAUGUUAUUGGCAUGAACUUCUAUGAUAAGAGAAUAGGGACCCCUUUCCUGUUAUUGGUGGACAUUUACAAAAUUCUAGCAUCGUUUGAGACAAAAAGUGAACUUGGUGAAGUUGGCAAUGAUAGUGAUCCCUCUGGAGCGCUUUUCUGGAAAAUGGAUGAAGAUAACAAAACUAAGUUAAACA